AUGUCUGAAAACGCCACAACAACCGCUCAAUGUCCAUACGGAAGCCAUAACGUAUCCACGAACAUGCUAUACCUUCAUGUAGCGCAAUGUCGACGCAAGUUUUUGAAACGGCAUCCUAACAUCGAGUUUAUGCAGUGAGUUAACACUUUUAAGUCUAUUAUAAGUUUGUCUAUACAUCUUUAAGAGUUAUUUUAAAGUGUUAUGAGUUUGCAACUUCAAAUAUCUUAUCCUACAUAACUCACCAUGAGUAUCUUCCGUAUUAUUCCGCGUUUUAAACAUUUUGCAAGGAUUAAACCCUUUAUAGAUAUCAAGAUCCUUUCUCAGCUACUUAAAGUGUAAUUUUAGCUGUCCCUACAACCCAUCUCACUUGAUUCCAGUCAGCGAACAAAAUUUUCAUGACGAACAUUGUAAUACCAAGAAGAUUAUCCAAAAACGCGUCGAAAAUCAACCAAAACUUCUAGAGAUUUAA